CUGAAGGUGGGCAAGGCAGAUGGACCUAGAAGAUGUGGGUUCACCUUGUCAUCCUCCGCAGGUGGGGCCCAGGCGUGGGUUGCCAUGGAUACCGUGUCCCUGGAGCAUCAGAUCCAGAGUGUGCAACGCCACAUCAGCUUCCUGAAAAAAGAGCAGAUGGCCUUGUUGCGAGACCUGCACCUGGAAAUCCUGAGGCUGCAGAAACGCUGCUCAGAAUUGACCCAUGACCUGGAGAUAAGAGAGGCCCAAUCUCACCAGCAAGAGUUGGAGUCCCGGGAGCUGGAGAGCAAGUGCCGCGCGCUGGAGUCGCAGUUGGCGGCGCGGGCGGCGGCCAACGCGGAGCUGCGGCGGGAGGUGGCGCAGCGCGAGGCGCUGGUGUCGGCGCUGCGCUGCAGCCUGCGCGCGGAGGAGCGCCGCUUCCUGGAGGAGCUGCGUCGCCGCAGCCACCGCGCCACCGUGCUGGGCACCGAGCUGCAGAAGCACACCGAGGCGGCCGCCUACCUCUCCUGCCAGCUGCACGCGGCGCGCCAGAAACUGCAGACUCCGCGACCAGGGCCUGGCGCUGCCGCCGCCGCCGAGCCCCGGAUCCGCCGGCGUGCACAGCGAGCCCGCCGCCCGCCUGCCGCCGAGGCCGCCGCCAAGGGCCCGGGCCGGGACUGGGCCGCCUGGGAGCGCGCGGCCGGCGCCCCGGACGACCCCGACGCCAUGCCCGACCCCGCGCUCUUCCUCUACGCCCGGAGGCCCCCGCGGCCCAGCGGCCGCAGCCCGCGCCAGCCGCCUCCCCAGGAGCCCCCGGACCAAGCCGACCCUACGGCCGCGCCCAGCCCUCCCAGUGCGCCCGCGGACCCCGAGUAGGUGCGGGGCCGGCGGGGCGGAAAGCGGGGGAAGACCGGCCCGGCCCCGGGCUUGGAACACAGCUCGGGCCGCCCAGGCGGGUCCCGGGGUCCAAGGGACCAGGCCCCUCCCCGGGGGGCGGAGGCGACCUCUGCUCCUUCGUCCCUUCCAGCCGCCCCCUCCUUUUAUAUUUCCCGACGUGGCCGAAGCUUCGAGUUCUCCCCUUCCGCCGCCGAGGAGCUCCUCCGCGGGGCCCAGCGAAUGCACGGUUUUUCAGGGAGAGGACUCGCAGUACUGAUCCUUUUCAGGUCCCCACCCUGCCACUGGGAGGGGAAGGGGCGAGGGUCACGCCCUACCCCGGGGAAGCCGACAAUCGUUUGGCAGGAGGGGGAAGGCUGGACUGGCCUACGGAAAGAAACCAGAGUGGCGCUUAGCAUCCUUAGGCCUUCCAGCUUCCCGCUGCGGCCUCCCUCAGCCCCGCACGGCUGCCCUUCCCGCCGAGCCUUCCUCCGAGGGAAGGCUCAGGCUGGGGACUAGAGGCUGGACCAUUUCCUCGGAAGCCGCUUCUUUCCCCCAUCCCACUGAUAGGUCCUUACUGGUGUGCACGGAACACUUUAGAAGACGCCUCCUCCAGAGCCUCUGGUGGGGAAAGUGUGGACUGACGAAAGUUUGAAUUUCUAGAGGUUAGCACCCAUAGACCCUUGGAGAGGGUUAUAGAAUGGGUUUGGUGGCAGAUCCUGGUCUAGAGCUGUCUCCAGCUCAGUUCUUCCCCAGGAUGCCGACCUAGAUAUUUAGACUCCUGGGACACUCCGGAGUCGGACUGCCAGGUCAGGCUUAUGGAAAGGCAGAAACUGCCUUCAGGAGGUAGCUGGGAAUUUGAAGGCUGCCCUGGGAGUUUUCCUAGGUCUGUUUAUUGGUGCUAAUUUUGCCCAGCUUCCUAAUUAGCUGGCUGCACCCAGAGGCGGGAAGAAGGGCCCGGCUUCUUGGAAGUGGCGGUUGUUGAUAGAGAGUUGAGUUUGCUCUCUAUCAAACUCAACUCUGGGGACGGUGGGAACCCAGGUUAGACCCCCAAUCCUAUCAGACCUGACAGUGGCGGGGUGCUCAGUGCCCUCUGUCUAGGUUGGCGAGGGUUGAAAUGAAGAGGGCCACCCCACCUCCUAACGCGUUUCUCCCUAGCUCCCCCUCAAGACCAGAGGCAGGAAGUUCAACUUCGGACUCUAGCCUAGAAAGACAAACCCCUAGAAGCCUGCCGCCUCAUGCCAUCCCUCCUCUGUCGGUCCUGCAUCAAGUCCUAAGUGCCUGUGAGGUCUUCCAGGGGCUGCCGAGGGAGGACAUGGGGCAGGGAGAGGCCUUUACCUCACUCCAAAACACCCCAUCCUGGCAGGUCCUGACCUUGGCUGAGGCCAAGCCUUCUGUUUGUCACCCAGGGAUCCCGGAGGUCUUUAGGGGUGAUGAACCCUUUUCCCAUCAUGGCCCCACGAAGAAGAGGGCGGAUAGAUACCUAAUUUUACCCUCUUUCACUGUGUAUGUUAGAGGGAGCAGGAAACUGGCAAGCACACUCCCCACCCACCCAAACAUGCAGGGCCCUCCCAGCUGACCGCACCCAGAACCCCUGGGACCACUGAGCAAUAACCAGGCCUGGUCUAGGUGUGCAGCCACUGGAAGGCCAGCAGCCAAGGUGUGGGCAUCCUUGGGACAGACAGUGCUGUCCAGCUUCACUUGGGCCACAGUAGUGGCCUAGGAUCCUUGCUCUGCCUGCUCCCGCCUCUGCCCUCCCCACCCACCCAGUCUCUGUGGUUGUGCCUCUGCCCUCUGUCUCCCCUCAAAUGUGGGUGACUCACUCUACCCCUCAACCUAUCGCCCUCCCUUUCAGAACGUGUCUGAGUGAGGAAGCCUCUGUCCGUUCUUGGUUGCACUCACUUGAAGGGGCCCAGAGGACUGUGGGAAGGAGGGAAAGGCGGUCUUUCUGGAGGCACCCACCCAGACCCUUAUCUUCUGCAACCAUACUUUUGGGGUGAACAGGGUGACUUUGUUAUGUCAGUUCUUCUAAAGAGAUGGUGAAGUACUUUAUCCACCCACCCACCCACUAAAAGCCAUAGCUAUGCCUGCCUGGCCUCCCCCAGCUCUAUAGCAAUAGCCCUCUUCCCUCUUUCCUCCUGAGUACCUAAGGUGGCUGACUGGGCCCCACCCCCACCCCCCGCAGACCCCAUGGAUCUUCCGGUGGCCUGCCUGUCUCUCCCUAAGUGACCCUAUCAACACCUCCCACCUCCUGGUUCUCUUCCAGCAGAGAUGAUGACACUUAAUUGUUUGUGGGGUGUGCUUGGAGAUCCUCCAGAUGAAAGGUCCUGAGUGCUGACUUGCUGACUCUCAGCUAAGUUGUUGGGGUCUCUGGGAAAGGAAGUAAGGCAGCCAGCCCUCCCCCAAGCUGGAGGAGGGGCCAAAGCAGAUACAGGGUUCCAAUUCCCCUUCUCCAUGCCUCUCCUGGAAAUAAUGGACAAGAGACUUUCCUCCUCCCAUCUGCCCCUGGGUUUGGAACAGAACCCUCAGUGCAGCAGACUAAGACUGGGAGUCAGCAGCCUGCCCUUGACCUCAGUGCUCCAAAACUCCUCAGCCUUACCCUCAGCUUCUGGCCCUCCCCCUUUCCUGGCAUGGGGGCUCCACCCUGCCAAAGGAAAGACCCCUUCCCAUGAGCCCCUGAAACCUUUGGGUGACUAGAAGGGAAAGGAUUGUUUCUCCUCCCCACCUCUCCCCUCUCCUCUGCUGCAGAAUCCCUAUGGGGAGAGGGGCGGGUUGACAUGGACACUCAGGGGCCCUAGUUGGAGUCAAGAAGGAGAGCUUCAAGUGGCGACCUCUCCAGGUUCCAGAAGCCAGCCAGGGACCCACAGGCAAUGCAGCAUGAGGCUCUCUACCCCGCUCCCCCAUAUCCCACCCACAGUGGCUGGCAGUUUGGGGAACCAGCCCAGGGCUGAAAUGGGGUAGCCCUUCCCCAAACAAGCAGCAGAAGAGAGGCCUCCCUGGUGGAAAAGAAGAAGGCCAAGAGGGGGUGGGGCAGCAUCUCCUCAUUGUGGGGAGCUGGGGAUCUCGCAGCAUCCUCUUGCUGAGGUGCCAACCUUGAAUGUGGGACAUGCAAGGCUGCAGAAGCACCUGGCAGGAGCCCCAUGGGCACGGCAGAGGAAUUCUGCUCCAAGUUCUCUGUUGGCUGCGCUUUUUAAUCCAAUGCUUUUCAGAGUGUAUUCACUCACCCACAGAAAUAGAGCCCUGUGCUUUAGGGGUGACUGUCAUAUGCCUUAUUCUUAA